AAACGUAAACAAACACACCACAUCAACAUCACCGUCGUCGCUUUUCGGCGACUUUUCCGCACUUUUCCGCGGGCGCAUAUGUGUGUGUGUAAGUGCGUGUAGUGAUAAAAGUACCAUUUCCAAUAUGCAAUUUCAAUCAAUCAAACCAAAAGAUCCAUCGCUAGUGUCGUACUUCAUCCUAUCGUUUCUUCGCAUCGUGCUGGUGUUUGUGCCGCAGCUCGGCUACAUCCAUCCGGAUGAGUUUUUCCAAUCGGUCGAGGUGGUUGCAGGCGACGAGUAUGGGCUGGAGGUGACACGUACGUGGGAGUUCAACACAACCUUCCCGAUCCGCUCGAUGGCAAUCACGUACUUCGGCCUGAAGGUCCCAUUCUCCCUACUGCGCUUUGCCUCGAUGUACAGCAACUACUAUCUCGGCAUCAAUCUGCGCGGCAGCUACGUCACACUGGUCUUUCCCCGCCUACUAAUGGUGGCGCUGUCGUUCGUGAACGACUGGAGCCUGUACCGGAUCUGCCGGUCGUACGGAUUGCAGUACCAGUUCCGGCUGCUGACGCUCGCCAGCUCGUACGUGAUGCUCGUGUACGCUACGCACACCUUUUCCAACUCGAUCGAGAUGGCGCUCUGCUCGCUGCUGCUGUACACCGUGAGCGACUGUAUGAUCCACUCCAACACGGUCAUAUAUCAGCGCGAGUUUCUGGAGGAAAAGUACCGCAAGGCGCAGCGGACGGUGGAGAAGGUGCGGUUCUACAAGCUGAAAAUGUCCCUCCCGUCCCACUCGCUCAACCGGUGCGUGCUGAUGGCGACGCUGUGCGUGGCGGGUGUGUUCAAUCGACCCACCUUUCUGCUGUUCGGGAUGCCGCUCGUCUUUCACUGGCUGUUGCGCGGCAUGGGCACGAAAACGGUGUCGUUUGCGGACUUUAAUCUGCGCAUUAUGAUAUUCGUGCUGUCGGCCAUUCCGUCGUUGGUGCUGUUCAUUGUGAUUGACUCCAUCUACUAUGGGUAUUUGACGAUGGCGGAGAUCGAACGGCAGGAGAUUGGCAUCAACAACUUCGUCGUGACGCCGGUCAACUUCAUCCGGUACAAUAUUAUAGCGGAAAAUACGGCCCAGCACGGGGUGCAUCCGCUGUACACGCACGUGCUGGUGAACGUGCCACUACUAUACAACGUGCUCGGUGUGUUGGCCAUCUUUUCGCUGCUCUUCAUGAUCUACCGCUUUGCCACCAACGACUACACCAGCCUCCCGCGAGCCCAGUCCUUCGUCGGGCUAAUGCUGUCGGCCAUAUUUUUCCCCAUCAUUUCUCUGUCGCUCAUCAACCACCAGGAGGCACGGUUUCUCAUCCCCAUCACCGUCCCGUUGGUGCUGCUGCACGCCCCAAAGCUGCAGGUGGGCCUAUCCUCCAGCUACCCGUUCAAGGUGCCCUCGCGCUUCAAAGACUUCCUCUACCACAAUCUGCUCUGCCCGGCCGUCAGCCCCAAGUAUUUGCUCAAAAUCUGGUACACGGCCAACGUCAUCUUGACCCUGUUCUAUGGCUUCCUGCACCAGGGCGGUGUGUACCAGCUGGCCGAAUACUUCAGCCGCCAGGUCGAUGUGCGCUCCUCCAACGUGCACAUCCAUCUCGUCACCAGCCACAUCUACAGCGUGCCGCAGUGCUUUGUCGGGCUACCCAGCACGGAAACGCUGCUCGUCAACCCGGACAAUGGGCAGAAGUAUCGGCGCACGAAACAGUUCUUCCUGUACGAGUACGGUUCGCUCGAGCUGGAGCAGCUGUACCGCAAGCUGAAGCUGCUGGUCGAUGUGUGCGAGAUGCGGUCGAUCAGUGCCAACCAGCGGUACCGGCUGUAUCUCGCCAUCCCGUCCAGCCUGUCGGAGCGGCUGAACGAUAUCUUUCAGAACCGCAGCACGGCGGCCCUGAUCAAGCACAGCCAGGUGCGCGUGUUCUAUCCGCACCUGUCGAUCGAAGCGAUGCCGCAGGUGUUCGGGCAGCACCCGUGCGGCAUCAACACGGACGUGGACGAGCUGGACGAUACCUGCCCGAUCUAUGCGCUCGAGGACGAGCAGAAUCCGUUCAGUGUGGGCCGGCUGCUCAAACAGUUCUCCUCCGUCGCGCACCAGUUCGGGCUGAUUCUGUACCGGAUCGAGGUGCGGCGCAUUAAAUAACAGCUACAUUACCACCACCAACCGCCGUACGUGGCCGCGACCCGUGACGGGCGGGCGACGGCCUGGGUUUGGAGUGAUACCCGAAGCUAGUCAACGCACACACGACGCAUGUGUGUGUGUUUGUUUCGUUUUUUAUUUUGUUCGCAGUUCUUCUACUUAGACAAGCAGCAGCACACGCGUACCGCGGUACUCUUUUUCCCAGAGCCGCUUUUCCCGAGCCAUUCCAACCAAACCAAAAAUGAAAAAAAGGCACACAAUGCACCUUUUUUGUAUUGAGCAUGAUGUACACGUACAAACGAUUUUUACAAAAUAAAAACACAUUAUAUAAGCUUGCAAAA